AUGAAGUCCUUCUUCGCCGUUGCCUCCCUCAUCGCCCUUGCGGCUGCUGCUCCCAGCGAGACCACCUACUGGGGUGAUGCUCCCGUGGUUGUCACCUCGACCACCACCAAGGCUGCCACCACGACCACCACCCCAGUCACCUGGGUUGACUACACCACAACCACCACCACCAAGCCCGUUGCUGCCAGCUCCACCUACGUCUGGUCUGAUGCACCAGCACCGGUCAGCUCCUCAACCUCCGCCUGGGUUGUGGUUCCUGCCCCAUCAUCAAGCAAGCCAGUUGCUAGCUACACCACCAAGGCUCCCGUUGCUGCUUACACCGGUGCCGCCAACAAGGGUGCUGUCGGUGCUGGUGUCAUUGCUGUUGCCGGUCUCGCCAUGAUGCUGUAA